AUUAUUUACAUUGAUUUCAUAUAUAAUUAAAGUGGAUUGUUUUCCUUAUCAAUUUUAAAUAUUAAUAGCAAAUUUUAUUGUAUAUCAAUAUAACAAAAAAAAAUAAUUAUAUUUUAUUUAUUGUUAAGGUAAACCUUCUGCUUUCAAUGAUAUCCGAAAUCCAGAUUGGGUUCCAAAUCAAAAUUUGGGAUACAUUGUUGGUACUAACAUAAGAAAGCCUUCAGAUUUACAAAUAAGAUAUGAAAGAGCGAAAGCAAGAGUAAAUAUGUUACUGAUUUUUUAUUCUAAAAGCAAUUAUAAAAAAAUACAAAUAUUCUACUAUUAUCUUUAUAAUGAAGGACUUUCGCGCGUUAAUAAAAACCCGUGUACACCGUCCACAUUAAUCGAACGCUAAAUACUUAUCUCAAAUUACGCUGAACAAUACUAAAGGCCCAGUGGGCAAAGAGACGUUUUAAAAACGUCUAAAAGACGUCUCAUCUUGGCCGCGGACAUCCGGGGACAAUGAUAGUAAAAGGAUGUCCAAAAGACGUCUUCUGGACGUCUAAGAGAUGUCUUUAAGACAUCUUAAAGAAAUCAAACGGUCAAGUCAUAGAACAUUCUUUGGACGCCUUUGUCGUCUUAAAGACGUCUUUUGUCACAAGUCCAAAAGAAGUCCACAAAAAGACAUCCUUAUGACGUCUUUUGAACAAGUGUGCCUACUGGGGGGAGAUUCCAACCAAGUCAAACCAUCGGUGCAUUGAUGAUCUCAGAACAAGAUUAACCAUGAAAGAACUCAGCAACGUUGAAAUGCCGACACUAAGACGAAGUUGACUAACGCUGAUAAAUCCAAAUAUGUUAACGACAAAUAACACACAUUUAGUUAACAACGAAUAAAGAUUUAUUUAACACAUACAACAAUUAUUUAAAAGAAUAAUUAAGCGUGUAACGCGAUAAUCAGUUAUGAGUAUCACAACAAAAGGGUCUUCCUUUCAAUACCAACUAAAAUCGACUGCCUAUUGACGCCGACUUCCCCUAGAUCUCCUAAUCUAUUAUUUUCCUCGUCACUCCUAUUGCUCCAUCCUUCUUCCUGGACGAUUUUGGCGGCAGCUCCCCGAAAAACCUAGAUAACGACGCUGAGAAUCGGGCCUUUAGGCGGCACAAACAUGUGCAGAUCCUCACGCAGAAAAACUGCCAGAACAUAUGUUCAUGGCACGCUGACACGAAAAACCUCUUUUCUGCCUUAAAAUAAGACUUUCUUUUACAGUGUAUUCACAUUAUGUGAUUAUUACUUUCAUUGAAACGUCCACUACAUAGAAGAUGUUUUUUUCCUCAGUCCCAUAAAGGUUAAAAAACUAAAAUUUUUUCAUGCUCAUCAGCAAAUAACAACUAUAAUUAAAAAAAAUAUUCUAGAUAUUGAAGAGGGUUGUAUUUCUUCACCAAAUAAGGUAAUUAAAAACUAACAAACUGAUUUCAAUAGACAUUCCUUGAAAAAUAUAGAUUUUUUAUUGUCUUUCAUUAUAUACACAAUUAGUGCAGAAAGAGCACAUGUUUACAAAUCCAAAUUGUUCAGGAACCAAUAAAAACUGUUUUUCUUAUAAAUAUAAGAAUUUUUUUAAAUUCUUCUUUUUUGUUUUACAUUCUAUUUUAACAUUUUAUUAAGAAAUUGAUUCUUAACAAAAUUCCAUAUUUUAGGAAAUGAUCAAAAUCGUACUUGCUGACAUAUUGCGAGAAGACAUAUACGCAGAAUAUUUACAUGUAAAAUCACAACAAUUACAUUACCUUAAAACUGUUAAUUAGUAUUUUUCAUCUCAUAGAAAGAAGCAGACGAAAAUUGCGCUUUGUAUAUAGUUAAAGAGAUGUUUAAUAAAAGCACCGCAAGAGUUUCCAGUACAGGACGGUCAAUUAAAACCCCGAGAAAGAUUUUAAGCAAUUCAGAUGAAGAAACUCGUCCACCAAAAACAUCCAAAAGAACAGUAACAGUUAAGCAGAAGAGUAACCGCUCAGAUUCGUCUCUAUCGCAACAGAAUACAGCAUCUGAAAAUUCAGCUAUUACUGACAACAAAUUAAACUCACCAUUGUAUCAUAUAUCUCAGAUAGAAGAUCAUCAGGAACAUACAUCUUCCACGCAUCUAGUUGAUCAAAAAAGCUCUCUCACAAGCUUAAUAUUGGUACCGGAUGUGACAGUGAAUGAGACGUUGGAUCCUAAUGUACUAGCAACAUCUUUAACAACAUCUCAAGAAUUAUAUCAUUAUACGAAUCAAGAUCCGUUAAAUGCAAUGAGUAACAGGCACGAUAUAUUUUACAGUGAACAGAAACAUGAAGUUAAUAAAGACAAUGAUUUAAAAUUCAAAAACGAAAUAUUACAGAGAUUAGACAAUAUAGAGAAACAGAAUAAAAGAAUUCUUGAAAUUUUAAAUGAUAUGCGUGGCGAUUCUGAAAAGUUCGUAGAGGAAACUUUGUAUCAACCGCUGACAGGUUUUCCUUUGAAGACAAUGGAAGAGUUUGAAAGUUUGGAAACCGAUAAGAAUAAAGAGAAUCGGCAAAAAGUGCAUGAUCAUUUAGUACGAUUGGGAGGGUCUAGAUUAAAAGAAUUUCUCAGCGGUGGACUUAAGGAAAUAAUGGAUGACCAAUUAGUUGCAAAAUUUACUUGGCUUAAGACAAAAGAUACAGAGAAAUUCGGUGACACUAAAGUGUCCAACAUAUUUUAUCGAGCUGCUAUUAAAUGUCCUUUAUUCGAUGGUCCCACAAAUAAAGAGAUUUAUAAACAAACAAUGUUGGAGGUACUUAAAAGCACUAAACAACGUUUUAGAAAUAAAAUCAAAAAAGAGUUAAAUCAGAGAGCUGAUGUGAAUAAAAAAAAAGAGAAUAUAGUCGUAGAAAUUAAACAAGAGAAUCUGUCAACUUUAAAUGAAUAUAUAGAUGAUGACGACGAAGAAUUCAACAGUGAUGCUUAUAAUGAUGUGGUUGAUGAAGAAUU